AGUUGUCACAGAAUCACCAAUAUCUGAGCAAAAAACACUUAAAAACUCAGGAAGAUCCCCAAAUAUUCCUGGUUUCAGUGGUGCAGCCGCAAGAUAGCAAUGACAGUAACUCACAGUGGAAAAAUCACGUCAUUCGACCAAAGGAGUAAGCUGAAAUGCGUUCCUCAGUGCUCUGCGCCCAACUCCGAGAUUUAUUAUACUGUUGUAACUGUCAGUAUGACUGAGUAUGAAGAGCUCAGGGUGACAUCAUUCAAGACGAAGAUGUGAUUCCAUCCCUCACAGUCACGGUGAUGAUAAAAGCCAAGGCGCACGUCUCCAAUGUUGUCGUCAGCAUCCAUGUCCCCCCACCACUAACAGUCAAUGAGAGCUCAUUUACAUUCAACACAAUAAGUCCAAACACCCCAUGUGAAAUCUCAGCGACUUUCUACAUCAAAGACAACUAUCUGCCAAGUGAUCUGGUUGCCAAGGCAACUGCUACUUAUCAGAACAUGGCUGGUGCGCCAAGAGUUUCACAGACAACGUUCCGUCUGCCUGCAAAACUUGUGAUCAAGGCGUGUGCUCCGAUCAAGAAUGCCAACUACAAAGUGACCAUUGAUACAAAUAAACCACCGGUCAACCUCAAUGACCUGUUCCCAGAUCUUCUUGGUGACUAUGCUGAUGGUCCCGGCAAUGCCUUGGGGUUCCAGUACUAUGGGGGUCCUGUGGUCACAGUGUUGGCAUCAAAGACAUCACAGCGCUACCGUCUUCAGUGUGACAGCUUCGAACCAAUGUGGCUUCUCGCCAACGAGCUCGUCAACCGACUGAGCGGUUACUUUAAGGGUAAAAACCAAGAUGGAUUCCAGGCAUCCUUUAGCGGUGCACUGCCACUGCAUGAAUAUUUUGAGGUCCUGGAGCAACAUUUUGAAGUGCGUUCAAACCAAAAUAAGUACAAGGACCUUCUUGCCCAGAGGGCAUCCCAGUUCCGUGCCAUUCAACGCAGACUGCUGACCAGAUUCAAAGAUAAAACGCCUACACCGUUGUCGAAUUUGGAUACAUUACUGGAUGGUACUUACAGACAGCUCCUAGCCCUCGCAGAUGCCGCAGAGGAAAACGUGCGUAACCUUGCCAGGGUCUCGAGCUCUCUCAGUGCUGCCACCUACCUUCUUAAUCUACUGAUACUAUUGUGGACCAACAUGUCCGAUAAGGAGUUCUACGUGCUGCAGAGCAGUCUGUGUCCGCAGGUUAACGAUUCUGAAGACCAGGGCUGGGAAGAGAUGGUCGACUGUGCGAUCACACAUCUGCUGCGGACCUGCCUCGCCAAGAACUCCAAAGACCAAGCCAUCAAUCCAUCCCCUCUCACCCCGCCGAAAGAUACGCAAAAACUUAAGAAGCAUAUCGCGCUACUCUGUGAUAAACUUAGCAAGGGUGCCAAGCUGGUCAUUGAAGGCCUUCCGCAGGACAUCGACACCAGCCUACCUGGGCCGGCUCCGAUCCUCCAAGCAGACAAAAACCUGCCGAGGAAGAAGAAAACCCAACCGAUGCUAUCAGACGACAUCGUUGACGAUGGCACAAACUUGGGCGAAGCGGCCGUCCCGAUCGGAAGCAAAUUUGGUGAAAUAAAAAGUCCACGGAAUAAGAAGCCAAAGAAGAAAAAACCAGCGGAGGAGGAGGAGGUUUCACCGCUUGCAGGGCCAAGUGAUGGGUUAUUAGAUCUUGGAAACCUGCCUCCGAUACCUGGUGGCAACCGGCUUGGAGAUGGAUUCCGAGAACUACAAAAACAGCAGAAGAUCCGAAAUAACGUGCCGGACCUGGAUGACUUGAAUUCAGAACAGCCCCCGCCGUAUCAGAGCUCACCACCGCCGUACGAAGACGAAAAUACGUUAAUAAAUGGCAAUGACCAUGGGACAGGAGAGAAACUGUACUCUUUAUAGAAAUGAGGGGGUUGAUUUGAAUGUUACAAGCUGACGGCCACCGUUUGGAGGGCAGUUGCUGCAAUGGGACAGGUGAAAAACUUUACUCUACUAACAAAAGGGGAGGCGCCUGAAAGUAGGUCUCCACAGUAACCUGGGUGGUUUUGUACCUUUGGGGGGGGGUACACAAACGUAAGUGUUAAAAACAACAUCCAGUUACUUUCCCUGCCCAUGAUGUGUCAGCUUUAAGCUUUGUGACAGGACGUUUUCACCUUGAAAUUUGUCAAACCUUUUUGCAGUGUUUAUACCCAUGACAGUGCUUUGCUUUAAUGAUGUUUUAAAAAGAGAUUCCAAUACUUAUUCCGUCCAGUUAUUCAUCCAUUCAUCAUAAAGUUAGGCCUUGUCUGCUCAUCCUGGUACAGAUAUUAGGCUCUUACAGAUAUCUGUCGGCAGUGAAAUGAACGUCCCAAGGCUUGAGAGUGUUGUAGUGCCAUUCAGAUUCUGUUUCUGAUCGCCACUCAGUGUCCAGGACUACGCUAAUGUGUAUGAACAAUUCCUCAUUCAGUGCUCAAUUCUUGAAACAUUUAAACUUCAACAGAAUGUUUUGUUGAAUAGGCUGAUUCAGCGCUGAUAUGAAAAGAUCUGUGAAGGCCCUGAAUUAGCAUGUUGAACUUUAAUAUCGUGCUGAGGCUAAGGGCCCAUACUUUUAGUCUGUACUGGGUUGGCUUAUGAUAGGGAGGAGCACUUUUGUGGAGACGUGUUAUUACAUGUUUUUGCAUACCAGGGGUCCUAAAAAUCAGAAAAAACUGUGUACCUUACUUGAAGUAGCGAUACUCCAAGUAUUCCUAAAUACAUUUCUUAGUUUUGUCUUCAUUUUUCAUGACUUAGUAGAGGCCUUUGUUCUUCUGUGUCCAUUCUUCUGUAAGUUUUUGUACAUUCUUGUUAGGCUGAUAUACAUUCUGACAUACAUUCUUCAUACAUACUUCUGUACGAGACAGUCAGUGCAGUUUCAGUGGUGUAACGCCUGCUCUUCUGACGUAUGAAAACUCAGUCUUAUUGGGUAAGAGAUGUAUCAAGUUCAUAGGAGGCCAUUACUUGAAUCGCGUUGUUCUUAAUACUAUGCUUGUACAUUACCGUUAGAGCAGAUCUGUUGAAUUCUUGUUGUUUAUAAUGUGAUUGUGAAUAUGUUGUUAAGUAACUAUAGUGACAUCCAUCUGCUAAAGGGACAAUGAUUUUAAAAAGGGCUGUACUUAAUUAUGUGAAAAAACUAUGUUAGUCUUCUGUUUCAGCGAUUUGGAAGAUAUCCACUUUUAGAAAUAAGUUCCGUCCUCAAAAGACAGUUCCCUCUCAAAUAGUUUUAUCUUGACAAUCUUUAUUUGUGGAUAAACUGCUUGUGAAAUCUGUUUGAUUGUGUGGUUGAGUAAAGAAGAUGUGCUACAUUAGUCUAUCAUGUACUGUUUACAUGUAGAUUUGGGUUAGUAUGUUAUCAACUACAAUAUAGGUUAUCAUCUGACUUAACGGUAUUUGGUCUUAGCAGUGCAGUUUACUGAGAAAACUGUCCACAUCUAUUCAAAACGCGCACUCUGUGAAAAAUUAUGUACCGGUAUCUACACAAUGUCCUGUGAAUAAAAUUGAUCUUGGAAUAAGA